AGAAAAUAACCAAAUUGGCGUCAGGAAUAUAGGAGUAUGUCGUCAUUAUGUGACCAUUGCCAGCCAUAGCUCAGUCGCAGCGCAGAGCAGGCGAUGUUGUCAUCUUGGCAACACCAUGAUCACCAUGUGUUGUUAUACCAGCGAAGCAUAUUACACAUCGCUUUAUCAUCCCUCCAGGAUGGACCAAAGCAAAAUUAAUCAACACAUGAGCAUGGUGACGGAGACGGGCAUCUGCGACCUGCCGGCGGACUGCCUGGUCCUCGUGGCCUCCUUGACCUCCCCUGGCGACGCGUGCAGGCUGGCGGCCACCGCUACGGCGCUCCGGGCGGCCGCCGACUCCGACGAGGUCUGGAAGAGCUUCCUCCCGGCAGACUGCGCGGACAUCCUCGCGCGGUGUAGUGCUGCGGGUGAUGAGCGCCGCCGUGAAGGCGAAACGAACAAGGAGCUCUUCUCCCGACUCUGCGUCUGCCCCGUCCUCCUCGACGGCGGCAAGCUGAGCUUCUCGCUCGAGAGGCAUAGCGGUGCCAAGAAGUACAUGAUUGCACUGUGGCACGGGUUUGGUGGCUACCAGUACUACGGAUUGGAGGACUCGUCCAGUCACACAUUCACCCUCACUCCAGAUUCCACAAGGUGGCGGCUCCCUCGUACCUGUUGUGGGUGUAUGUCAACGCCAUCAUGAACACCAAGAACCUCUCAAGCAUCGACAGAGGCUAUGAGGCAUAUCUCGUGUACAAGGUGCAUUGGUUACAUGCAGACACGACUCUGAACCAAAACCAAGAAGCUGUACGGGUCCUCCUUCGCGGCCAUUUGCAACCAUGACUGCAACCAUAGCAUGUCUCAUAGGCACUCGUGGUCAAUGUUAUGGGAAUUGGCUGGGAACUAUGGAUCAUCAUGGUUAUCUGUGGACAAUAAUGGUUUUACAGGAGGGUUCACAAUGUCACAUAGGUGCUAGAUUAUCAUAUAGAAGGGAUAGAGAUAAGGCCAAGAGGAAUUGGAAGUUGAAACAUGUCUAAAUGUAUUAGGUAGAUAAAUUCACAAUAUAUGGUUAAGUCUGUUUUAGGGGAUAUUACAAUUUGCAACUAUGUUGUGCUAAUUUUGUGCAUCUUACAGACAUUUAUUGUUUUAACAGGAAAAAGAUCGAGAACAUA